CGGAUUGCGCUAGAUUAGCGUGCUAAGGUCGGGUUACGCCGUUUUAAUAAUUAUGAAAAGUGAUGUAACCUGCAUCUUACAUCUCACAUUUACUUUCUUACAAUUUACAAUUCGUUCUUUUUCCACCGUUCAACUUUUCUUCGACCAAUCCUAUAUAAUUCCGUGUAGAAUUGAUUCGAUUUCGUGAUUCCUUCUUCAAAAUCGAAGUCGGCAUCAUAUAGAAGUCUCAUUCGAUGCUCACAUAACCAUUCAAUAUAGGUCGUAAAAAGAAACCUCGUCACCAGAAGGGACGAAGCCCACGCCCGUGGUCAAGACGCAAGAUGGGUCAAGAACAAUCUAGCCUCAUCGACCCGGACACUCCCCCGGACACUCUGUCCGAGCGCAGCCUGCAUGCUGUCGCGCAACUUAUCAAGAAGGGUGGCGCGAAGAAAAUCGUGGUCAUGACCGGCGCCGGUAUCUCUACCGCAGCUGGAAUCCCCGAUUUUCGCUCCCCCAAGACGGGCCUGUACCACAAUCUCUCCCGCUUCAAUCUCCCACACCCUGAAGCCGUCUUUGAGAUCGACUUCUUCCGUCGCAACCCGGCCCCCUUCUACCUACUAGCCAAGGAGCUCUAUCCAGGUAAUUUCAGCCCGACCAUCUCGCACGUGUUCAUCGCACUGCUGGCCAAGAAGGGUCUGCUCCGCAUGCUCUUCACGCAGAACAUCGACUGUCUGGAGCGCGCAGCCGGCGUGCCUGCCGAUAAGAUCGUGGAGGCCCACGGCAGCUUCGCCACCCAGCGAUGCAUCGACUGCCGCACCGAGUUCCCGGACCACAUGAUGCACGACUUCGUGAAGCGCGGCGAGGCCCCGCACUGCGUGCGCGAGGUGUGUAAGGGGCUCGUCAAGCCCGACAUCGUCUUCUUCGGCGAGCAGUUGCCCGAGAAGUUCUACAACAACAUCAACGUCACCGCCACCGCGGACCUCGUGCUCGUCAUGGGAACGAGCCUGCUCGUGCACCCGUUCGCGGGCCUGCCGCGCAACGCACGCGAGCGCGUGCCCCGCGUACUCUUCAACCUCGAGCGCGUGGGCGACCUGGGCACGCGCGCGGACGACGUGCUAGUCCUAGGCGACUGCGACUCCGGGGUGCGCAAGCUGGCGGACGAACUGGGCUGGCGCGACGAGCUGGAGGCGCUCUGGCGCAAGAUCGUAGGCGACAAGGAGGCGGACCGCCAGCUAUCCAAGACGGCGAAGGAGGAGGCGAUCAAGGACGAGCUGGACCAGCUCGUCGAAGACGUGGAGGAUAAGUUGGCCAUAUCCGCAGGCACCGACGGCGACCGAUCCGAUGCUAACCUCCCCGAGCAGCAGGAAGAAGAAGAUGAAGAAGAAGAGGUUCACGCGCGCGGAUCGCAGGGCCAUGAGGGUGUAUCUAAGGAAGUACCUAAGGAAGCUGAUGCGGAAAAGCUCGUGGAUGACAGCGUACCGGUUUCAUCGAAGGGUGCUGAGAAGGGCGAGGGAGAGGGCAAGGAUGACGAAGAGGCGCUUACCUUCGAACCGCUGAAACCUACGACGGAGAAACCGGUCACGGCGGAGGGUGACGGCAAGGCGAAGGAUCAGGGCGGAGGUGAUAAACCGGCGCUUUGAACAUGGUCUGGUCUUGUCUGGUCUGGUCUUUGCAUACGAAUCCGCCCGUGUACAAUAAGCAGGGGUAGUGAAAAAAGGGGACGACAAUGAUGAUGAUGAAAGGGCGGAUGGAUAUCUUGCAGUUUGCGGUUCAGUUCGGUUCAGAUUGCGGUUGUACGGUUACGGUUACACGCUAGGCUAGGCGGCUCUAUAUAGGAAGUGGAGCCUAGGGUAAGGGCGAUUGUACGUAUAGCUUUCCGUGUACGCUUGAGAGAGGAAUAUAUACCCAUGAGCUUUUUUUCCUAUGAGAAUGGAGUGUUACUUGCUUGCUUGCUUGAGUGAGGGGAAUAGGCAAGUUCUGGACUUGAGGAGUAUGCGUAGUAGGUAUAUUUACUAAGUGCUCUUGCGUGACGUUUUUCCCAGUAUACUCGGUAAAGGGGGUAGGUUAUUUUUACGUAUAUGCCCCAGGAAGAAAAACCCGCUAGUUUAUUCUGAGGGGAGCCUAUAG